GAGUCUUGGACAGUAUCUUCGGAUGCAGACGGUGGGUGAGUGCUGCAAUCAGCCUUGCCACGGACGUUUUCUUCCCUCUCAACGCAAUCACCAACUUCUCUUUUCUCUCUUUUCCUCUUCGUCUGCAUGAAUCCCUUGAGUGUCGAUGUGCGUCUGGGUCUCUGAGUUUAAGUACGCCAAUUUUUUCCUAAGGUCCCACAAACUCGGCAGCUUGCCGUUCCGGAAGGGGAGUCGUCAAGGGAACUCCGGGAACAAAUUAGAAUUCCAAGUACUCACACGUAUCCACCACAUACCUUGAGAAGAAAUUCAGAUAAUUCAAGGCUGAAGAAGUUGGCUUUGAGUCGCAAACCUUACACCUGCAAAACCAGAAAAAAAAAUGGUCCUCGAAUUCGCCAAAACCAAUUGUUCACAAAAUCAAGGGAAAAACAAGUGUGAGUACAAAAAGAAUGCACAAGGCACCCAGAGCAGCUGGCAGAGGUCGGUCCAAUCGUCCUCAUCAUCUUCAUCGGUAGGAGCCACCUCAAACAACCAAAAAUACGGAGCCUGGGGUCCCACCUUCAAGAACAAACAAAACUUCGUCGACAUGCACCUCGUCUGAACAGACCAUUUCACCUUAGGCCCUCCCACGUCAAUAUAAUUUAGCCAGAUAUUCCAGUUGAAGCUGACAGGAACGCAUCUUCAUGCUGUCCAUGACGCCAAUAUCACGGCCGAUGUAUCCAGCAUGAUGCCCCUAUUGUACAGGCUCGUAAACGCGGUGUUGGUUUGCUUAUUUGUGAUAUUCAUAUUUAUCGCCACACUUCCCUAGUACGCUCUAACUCCUAGAUCAAUCAGACAUAUUAUGCUUUUUGCUGUUGGUAGUCUUUGAGGGAAGAAAAGUGCAGCUAUAUUUUUGCCCAUCUCUAUGAGUUAUGGGUAGAAAUAAUGCAAUUCCUUAAAUGGAAAUAAAGACAUCAAGCUGGCUGUGUGA